AUGCAUACUAAAUAGAAGGCCUUUGGGUUAUUGCUACUCUUUAUGCUAUCUGGCAUUUAGGUGAUGACUCAAGAUUUGACUGAAGAGUAAAGGAAGUUAUUGGAAUAGUAAUAAGAAACACAUGAAUUUCAAGCUGAAACAGGUAGGUUGAUGGAUAUCCUUAUCAAUUCUCUAUAUACUUAAAAGGAAAUAUUUCUAAGAGAAUUAAUUUCGAAUGCUGCUGAUGCAUUAGAUAAAAUUCGAUUUUUGAGUGUGAAGAAUCCAGAAAUUCUAGGUGAUAAAACUGAAUUAGCAAUAAGAAUUGAAAUAAAUACAGAAGAAAAGACAGUUUCUGUAACAGAUAGUGGUAUUGGUAUGACAAAGAAUGAUUUAAUAUCAAAUUUGGGUACAAUUGCAAAAUCAGGAACCACAUAAUUUAUUGAAGCUAUUAAAGGAGGUAAUGUAAAUUUGAUUGGUUAAUUUGGUGUUGGUUUUUAUUCUUGUUUCUUAGCAGGAUAAAAAGUUACAGUAGCAUCAAAAAAUACAGAUGAUGAUUAAUAUAUUUGGGAAUCAUAAGCAGCUCAUUCAUUUGCAAUAUCAAAAGAUCCUAGAGGAAAUACAUUAGGUCGUGGUACUUAAGUCACUAUUCAUUUGAAAUAAGAUGCUGUUGAAUUUGCAGAAGAAAGUACAAUAAAAGAAUUAAUAAAAAAAUAUUCAGAAUUUAUUAAUUUCCCUAUUUAUUUGAAAGUGACUAGGGAAGUGUCAAAAUAAGUAGAAGAAGAACCUGAAUAAUAAGAUCAAUAAGAAAAUACAGAUGAUGAUGAAGUAAAAGUUAAAGAUGAUGAUGAUGAUGAUGCAGAUACAAAGAAGAAAGCUACUAAAACAAUUAAAGAAAAAGUAUCAGAAUGGGUUUAAAUUAAUGAAAAUAAAGCUAUUUGGUUGAGAUCAAAAGAAGAGAUUUCUGAUGAUGAUUAUAAGAAAUUCUAUAAAGUAUUAUCAAAGAAUUCAGGUGAAGAUCCUUUUAAUUGGGUUCAUUUUAAAGCAGAAGGAGAAGUUGAAUUUACAUCUCUUAUUUAUGUUCCAAAGAGAGCACCAAGUGAUAUGUUUGAUAAUUAUUAUGGUAAAUAAACAACAAAUUUGAAAUUAUAUGUAAGAAGAGUAUUAAUUAGUGAAGAAUUUGAAGAUAUACUUCCAAGAUAUUUAAGUUUUGUUAAAGGUGUUAUUGAUUCAGAUGAAUUACCAUUAAAUGUUAAUAGAGAAACACUUUAAUAACUUAAAAUGUUAAAGGUUAUAAGUAGAAAGAUAGUUAAGAAGAUUUUAGAAUUAUUCUAAGAUGCUGCUUCUUAUGAUGAUGAAGAUGAAGAAGAUACAGAAGAAGGUGAAGAAGAUGAUAAUAUGGCAGAAACUACACCUGAAGAAUAAUAAAGAUUGAAAGAUGAAAAGAGAAAAAAGAAAAUUGAUGAGUAUAAUGAAUUUUGGAAAGAAUAUGGAAAGAAUAUUAAAUUGGGUGUUAUUGAAGAUUCUUCAAAUAGAUAGAAAUUGGCUGAAUUAACAAGGUAUUUUAAUAUUUUAUAUUUAUUAGAUGGUACUCAAGUAAAAAUUCAACUGAAUUAACAUCAUUUGAUGAUUAUAUUGAGAGAACUAAACCAGGAUAAGAUUCAAUCUAUUAUUUAGCUGGUGAAAACAAGGAAUAAUUAUUAGCUUCACCAAUUAUAUAAGGAUUAUUAAAGAAAGGAUAUGAAGUAUUAUUAUUAGAUGAUCCAGUUGAUGAAUUUACAUUUUAACAUUUAAAUGAAUACAAAUAAAAAAAAUUAGUUAAUGUAGGAAAAGGUGAUUUCAAAUAACCAGAAGAUAAUGAUGAAUAAAGAAAGAAAUAAAAGGCUUUAAAGAAAGUAUUUUAACCUUUGACUGAUUGGUGGAGAAAAUUAUUAUCAGAAAGUGUUGAUUCAGUUAUCAUUUCAUAAAGAUUAAUUGAUGAUCCAAUUAUUGUUGUUUCAUCUGAAUCAGGNAAGAAAGCUACUAAAACAAUUAAAGAGAAAGUAUCAGAAUGGGUUUAAAUUAAUGAAAAUAAGGCUAUAUGGUUGAGACCAAAAGAAGAGAUUUCUGAUGAUGAUUAUAAGAAAUUCUAUAAAGUAUUAUCAAAGAAUUCAGGUGAAGAUCCUUUUAAUUGGGUUCAUUUUAAAGCAGAAGGAGAAGUUGAAUUUACAUCUCUUAUUUAUGUUCCAAAGAGAGCACCAAGUGAUAUGUUUGAUAAUUAUUAUGGUAAAUAAACAACAAAUUUGAAAUUAUAUGUAAGAAGAGUAUUAAUUAGUGAAGAAUUUGAAGAUAUACUUCCAAGAUAUUUAAGUUUUGUUAAAGGUGUUAUUGAUUCAGAUGAAUUACCAUUAAAUGUUAAUAGAGAAACACUUUAAUAACUUAAAAUGUUAAAGGUUAUAAGUAGAAAGAUAGUUAAGAAGAUUUUAGAAUUAUUCUAAGAUGCUGCUUCUUAUGAUGAUGAAGAUGAAGAAGAUACAGAAGAAGGUGAAGAAGAUGAUAAUAUGGCAGAAACUACACCUGAAGAAUAAUAAAGAUUGAAAGAUGAAAAGAGAAAAAAGAAAAUUGAUGAGUAUAAUGAAUUUUGGAAAGAAUAUGGAAAGAAUAUUAAAUUGGGUGUUAUUGAAGAUUCUUCAAAUAGAUAGAAAUUGGCUGAAUUAACAAGGUAUUUUAAUAUUUUAUAUUUAUUAGAUGGUACUCAAGUAAAAAUUCAACUGAAUUAACAUCAUUUGAUGAUUAUAUUGAGAGAACUAAACCAGGAUAAGAUUCAAUCUAUUAUUUAGCUGGUGAAAACAAGGAAUAAUUAUUAGCUUCACCAAUUAUAUAAGGAUUAUUAAAGAAAGGAUAUGAAGUAUUAUUAUUAGAUGAUCCAGUUGAUGAAUUUACAUUUUAACAUUUAAAUGAAUACAAAUAAAAAAAAUUAGUUAAUGUAGGAAAAGGUGAUUUCAAAUAACCAGAAGAUAAUGAUGAAUAAAGAAAGAAAUAAAAGGCUUUAAAGAAAGUAUUUUAACCUUUGACUGAUUGGUGGAGAAAAUUAUUAUCAGAAAGUGUUGAUUCAGUUAUCAUUUCAUAAAGAUUAAUUGAUGAUCCAAUUAUUGUUGUUUCAUCUGAAUCAGGAUAUUCUGCAAAUAUGGAAAGAAUUUCAAAAGCUUAAGCUUAUUCAAGUAAAGGUGGUUCACAUUAAUUUGGUAAGAAGAUUGUAGAAAUCAAUCCAAAUCAUUAAGCAAUCUAAGAAUUAUUAUAAAGAGUGAAAGAUGAUCCAGAUUAAGAAACAGAAGAAAUGGCUAGAGUAUUAUAUGAAGCUGCUUUAGUUAAUUCAGGUAUUUAAUAUAUAUAUAUUUUAGGUUAUUCUAUUCCUAAUCCUGAAAAGUUUGCUAGUAGAUUCUAUAAAUUAUUUAAUUCUGCUUUGGGUAUUGAUAGAGAUGCUCCAGUCAAAGAAUUCGAAGUAGAAAUCGAAGAAGAACCAGAAACUUCAUCAGAACCACCUCAAAGUGAAGAUGGAACUAAAUGGGAAAAAGUAAAUACAGAUGAUGCUUAAUGGGAAACUGUAAGUAAUGAUAAAAGAGAUGAUUUAUGA